GGGAGCAAAGAGAACGGAACGGGGAGGAACACUGAAAGAGGAGGCGGCUGGCGGAGGGAAGAAAGAACAGGACGAGGAGGGACUGAGGGGGAAGAAGGCGGAGCCUCCCAGUCGGGAGGAAAUGCUUGGCACCCCCUGCAGCGGCUUUUGAACAGAGAAUGAAGAUGCCGAGGAGGUGGCGGCGUUGGCGGCAGGCUGGGGAGAAGCAGCGACGUGAGUGGCCAGGUCUACCCACCCACCCCCAGCAUUUCACGCUUGGCUUGUGGGAGACCGUUAACAGCAACACCAGUUCAUAUUCUCUGGCUCUGCUUUCUAAGUUUCCAUGCCUUUUUCUAGGGAGAAGUGGAUGUGAACUGUAGGUACCUGAGCAAAGGACCCAAACUGAAUAGAACCAACUGCUGAAGAGGCAUCCCAGCUGGAUUCACACACAUGCCCUAUCCUCAUACUUAAGUAAGCGGAAGGCAACAGAUCCCUCUCCAAAAGGCCUAAAUGUAGUCACUACAAGGCAGGCAAGAUCUGAAUUGUGCUCUGCGUUUUGUCUAACAGCCAAAGACUCCUACAAAAGUGAUUCCUGUAUGCAAGGAUUUGAUCCUUGGGGCUUUUCGUUUUUAGCACGCCAGAAAUUUUCCAGAGAAAGCUUGCUAAUUGUCUAAAGUUGUUAGGCAAUAGACAUGUAGCCUCUCUGAAUCUGGAGGUGAUUCUUUCUCAUGAAACUAAGUAGAUGAACGGAUUUCCCUGUACCUUCCCCGGAGGGCUGAUCAAGAAAGGAACAGUACACUCCGACUGUGCUGUAGAAGCUGGAGUGGGAGAAAUCAAAGUAGAUUCUGCAAAACACAUGUGUCAAGCUUUGGAAAGGCAACUGUGUCUGUUUGGAAUAAUCGUUUAGCAUCUGAGGACACUUUCACGCCUCCCACUAAGCUGUCCUUCACUCUUUUUGGGGGGUUUGUUCCCAACCCCAUCUCCCUUGUGUUUCUAUGCUACCAAAACAUUCUAUGUCUGGAAAUAUAAAACCAGUUGGUGCUUGACAGCUGAAGAUAAAAGAAUAAGCAAGAGGGAAAAGUGGGGAAGAGUGAUGCCUUUUUAUCUUCCCUUUCUUACAAAGAUGAGGUGCCUUCUGCUGGAGCUGACAUCUCUUCUGUUACUGGGGGUGACAUUUGCACAACGUCAAGUUGCUGUUCAAGAAGGCCCUCUCUACCGUACUGAAAAUUCCCACAUUACCAUCUGGUGCAAGGUCAGUGGUUACCAAGGACCAUCGGAACAGAAUUUUCAGUGGUCCAUAUAUCUCCCUUCUGCCCCAGAAAGGGAGGUACAAAUUGUCAGCACCAUGGACCCAUCCUUUCCUUAUGCUAUCUACACCCAGCGUGUCAGAAGCGGAGAAAUCUAUGUAGAGAGAGUCCAAGGGGAUUAUGCUUUACUGCAUAUCACAGAGCUGCAGGACAGGGAUGCUGGCGAGUAUGAGUGCCAUACACCCACCACUGAUGAACAGUACUUUGGGAGCUACAGUGCAAAGAUGAAACUAAUGGUUAUUCCUGACUCCUUGCGGGUGACCUCAGAAGCCCAGACCCUAAACAAAGUGCAACAUGAUUCUUUGGAACUGAAAUGCGAGGUGUCGAAGAGUACAGUACAGCACAGCCAUGUUUCUGUUGCCUGGUACAGACAGAAAGCAGCUGAGCCUGCUGUGGAGGUCAUCUCCCUCAGCCGUGAUUUUGUAUUGCGUGCAGGAAGCGAUUACGCCCAACGACACGCCAGUGGAGAUAUACGCCUGGAUAAAGUGGGUGAAACUCAGUCCAAGCUUACAAUCUAUAACCUGCAGUCUUCUGAUGAGGGCGAGUUUUACUGUGAGGCAGCUGAGUGGAUUCAGGAUCCUGACGACACUUGGUUCGCAAUGACUCACAAGCGCUCAGAGGGCACCAUGGUCUAUGUGGAAGGAACUGUUAGUAGUACUCAUUCUAGUUUGGAUAUGGAUAUCAAUGUCCGACUUGAGACAGAGAAGCGCACAUACACAGUAGGUGAGCCAGUGGAGUUCAAGUGCAUUCUGGAAGUGCAGAAUGUUGCAAAGAGAUACUUCUCCAUCUCAUGGGCCUUCAACAGUUCCCUGAUCGCUAGCUUUGGGGCCAAUGCUGUGCCAGUCCUUAACAAUGAGUUUGCUCAGCGAGAAGCUCUGGGGCAACUGAAAGUGGCCAAAGAGAGUGACAGUGUCUAUAUUCUAAAAAUCUACCGACUUCGCCUGGAGGACAGCGGCAAAUACAACUGUCGUGUGACAGAGCGCUUGAAGACAUCAACUGGGGAAUUCAUUGAUGGAGAAAGCAAACGGCCAAAGAACACACCCAUCACAGUCCUGCCUCUUAAGACCAAUAUCUCAGUGGAAGUGACCAACAAUGCCAGCAAUGUUCUGGAAGGAGAAAACUUGAGAUUUGGUUGCAGUGUGCGUACCGGUUUUAGACCCCAAAACCGCCUCUCUGUCACCUGGCAACUUGUGGACAAGCAGAACCGUCGCAGUGACAUUGUGCAGCUUGACCGGGAUGGCACACUUCAUCCAGGCCCCUCUUAUGCUGAGCGCAGUAGCUACGGUGAGAUCCAGAUGGAGCAGAUACGUCCUGGAUCUUUCACACUUGAAAUCUUCAACAGCCUCAAGGCAGAUGAGGGCCAUUAUGAGUGCCGUAUCACAGAGUGGACACGUAGGAUCGAUGGGGAGUGGCAGAUGAUUGGGGAGCGACAUAAUGGCUCUGCCGUAUCCAUCAAUGCACUGGAUGCUGGCUUUGCAGUUACAGCCAUCUCCCGCACUCCUGGAGUGACCUAUAAUGAAUCAUUCGAUCUACAGUGCAUCAUCAAGCCACAUUACCCAUCCUGGGUCCCAGUGUCUGUGACAUGGCGUUUUCAGCCAGCAGGCAGCACAGAGUUUCACAAUCUGGUUACCUUCACUCGGGAUGGAGGUGUUCAGUGGGGCGAUAGGUAUGUUGGGUUCCGAACCCGAACAGCCAUUGAGAAAGCAGAAUCUAGCAACAAUGUGCGCCUGAGCAUCAGCAGAGCCAGUGACACAGAGGCAGGCAAAUACCAGUGUGUGGCAGAGCUCUGGCGGAAGAACUACAACAGCAGUUGGACACGACUAGUGGACAGGACCUCUAAUCUACUGGAGAUCAGGGUCUUGCAGCCUGUGACAAAAUUGCAGGUCAGCAAGUCAAAGCGGAGCAUCACCCUUGUGGAAAACAGGCCCAUCCCCUUGAACUGCUCUGUGAAGUCUCAGACCAGCCCAGACUCUCACUUUGCUGUCCUCUGGUACGUCCACAAACCAACUGACACGGACGGCAAGCUGAUCCUGAAGACAACUCACAGCUCUGUGUUUGAAUAUGGCACUUAUGCAGAGGAAGAGGGGCUGAAGGGAAGGCUGCAGUUUGAGAGGUCACUGUCUGGGGGACUCUUUAGCCUCACAGUCCAGAGGGCCCAGGUCAGCGACAGUGGCAGCUAUUACUGCCAUGUGGAGGAGUGGCUGCUCAACCCCAACCACGCCUGGUAUAAGCUGGCAGAGGAAGUUUCGGGUCGGACGGAAGUCACUGUCAAGUUGCCAGAUAACCUCUUGGAAGUGAACCAGACUCAGAAGAACCUCACAAUUCUAGAGAAUGAAUGGGUAACAUUAGAGUGUCUAGUCACCAACCGGAGCAGCCCUGCUUCUCAGCUGUCUGUGGAAUGGUACGUGUGGAAACCUGGUCAUCCAGAAAAAGAAGCCAUCGUCAGGCGGAGCCGCCAGGCCACCCUGUUGUAUGGAGAGCUGACAGCACUGAAUGAUCUGAAAAGCAGACUGCGCUUGGAAAGCCCCUCUCCAGGCCUCUUCUUGCUCACCAUGCAGAACAUGACCAUGCAGGAUAGUGGGACCUAUGAUUGCCGUGUGGAGGAGUGGCUGUUGGAUCCUACAAAUAUGUGGUACAAACGGGCAGAAGACCUCUCUGGGCUAACAACAAUUACAGUGAAGCAGCCAGAUGCAUCGUUGCAAGUGGAUGCAAACAUGGCAAACUUCACAGUGCCAGAGCAGGGGAAUUUCCAUUUGGAUUGCAACAUCCUGUCACUCUCUAGCCAGGAUUCCCGCUUUGCGGUGACGUGGUUCAGUGUGAAGAUGAAAGAGAAAGAUGUGCGUGCUGGUCGUAACAAGGAUGGAGAAGAGAGAGUGGCCUUGUUGAGAGUAGGCCAGGAUGCCGUCUUCAGCCGAGAGGCCAGCCCCUGGGAAGGCAGACUGCGCUUUCAGAGACUCUCGGCCACAUUCUAUCGACUGACUGUGCUGCAGGCUGGUGCUAGAGACACUGGCAAUUACUCAUGCCGAGUGGAAGAGUGGCUGCCUGACCCGAGAGGAGUGUGGUACAAGCUGGAUGAGGAGGAAUCUGGCCCCAUAGCCAUUUAUGUGCAAGACACAGGCUCCUCUCUACAGUCCGUCAUCUGCUCCAACGACUCCCUCUUCUACUUUGUGUUCUUUUAUCCCUUCCCUAUCUUUGGCAUCCUCAUCAUUACCAUCCUGCUGGUGCGAUUUAAGAGUAGAAACUCCAGCAAGAAUUCAGAAGGCAAGAAUGGGGUCCCCUUGCUGUGGAUCAAAGAACCACACCUAAACUACUCACCCACCUGUCUGGAGCCUCCUGUUCUCAGCAUCCACCCAGGAACUAUAGAUUAAAAGGGAAGUCCAUGCAGAUUCUCCCUACAGAGAGAAGAAAGAGAGGUGAAGAUGCACCUGGAACCCACAAGAAGAGUGUGUGUGUGUGUGUUUUGUCUCUUCAUUUCAUCUCUAUACUUUUUGGAUUCCAGUUUGGCUACACUAGGAUGUUCCUGUCAUCUCUUGGGAGUGCGAGAGCGAGAACAUCCUAGGAUGCCUGUGAAGAUCCAGCCAAUAGCUAAAGCAGGGGUGGGGGGAGGGCGGGGAGGUGAAAAGUCCACGUGUUCACUGUAUAUAGUGAAAUUUCUUACUGUUCCAGCAACCUGCCCAUUGGUUCUCAUUAAUUGCCCUCUGGAGUGUAAUUCUGUUGCAUUUUUCUUGUAUUAUACAGAGGAAAAUCCCCAGAGUGUAUUUGGGUGGAGCUCUCAAGGUGCCAGAGUCUAGGCACAUUGUUUUGAGUAAGUUUGUUUUGUCGAAUGGCUUGAUUUGACCACCUUUUGAGCCUUUGUACUGAAGAGGGCCUAAACAAACUGGCUGCCUGCCUUGCUUGGAGGAAAACAGAACCCGAACUACUCCCUGGCAAGCAUCAGGCAGCAUCUUCCAGGCCACACAGCCUCUCUGUCAGCCCUGAGUAUCCAGAGGCUCCUCUUUCCCGAGGACUGAAAAUGCAUAUAGGGUGGUUUUGUCAUUUGUUUAAACUAAAUUGCUUAUGCCAGUUACAGCCAAGUCAAAGGCUUAUGUGUUCCAGUAAUGCAGAACUUCCUGCCAUGGAUGCUCCUUUGCUGCUGCUGCUGCCUCUACAGUUCUGUUUACUAGAAAGGCAUCUGUUGCCCUUUGGGCUUUAUCAAGCCACAAUGCCACUCCGCUGGAGACUGCAGGGACGUGAACCUGAACUCCGGUUUCUAAAGACAUUCAAAUUGACCAAAGUUAACCAUGUAGAAAGUGGAGAGAAGAUGGAUGCCCCACAAGCAAAACACGAGCCAGAGAAAGUAUGACCAUGGAAGACCAAGUUUCCAUGUCUUGCAAACUUGACAUCCGGUUGCACUGAAUACGCAAUGAACUUGUAUCAUGCAAGAGAAGCUUUGAAUGGUCUCCCUUCCCUCCUGUACAUGCGUGUGCCAUUUUGUUACUUCAGCUUUAUUUCUCCAGGUGCAACACCACUCACCCCGAUUCCCCCACAGCCCUGCAAAAGCCACCAUAAGUGGACUUAGGAGGAAAUGAUGGGGCAGAAACUGCUGUUCUUUCUGUGAAAGACAUGGUGUUAACAAAAUUGGGGCUCAGAACAAGAAGGGCGCCUACUUUCCACCAGAGUAAGCCCGCUACUAAUGCCCCAUGCUGCAUAGGAAAUGCUUGUGUUAAAUGAUGGGCCAGCUCUCCCGUGCUUCUGGUUUGAAUCCCAGGGGCAGGGAAACGUGAUUCUCAGAAAAUGGCCAUUUGCUGUCUUCCUAAAAGUCUUCCUGGUAAAGCUGGCCCUUCACUUUUUCCUAAAGUGACUGGUUCUAAAGGAGGACACAUGGUGCCAACCACACGUUCUGGCCUGGAGAGGGGCAUGGAAAGUGGAAUGACAAACAUUCUGGCAUGGAAAGUAGGCUUGGAGGCGGGGGGUGGGGGUAAGGGAGCAGCUCUUUAUGAAAACGGAGAAUGUGGUCAUGUCCAUAGAGUGCUCUGAAUGUGUAACACAUUGACCCCAAUUAAUGGUGCUUCAAAAUUGGUGGAAGUCCAUGCAGAGGUUUUUUGCCAUCCAUAUGCUCUACCAAGAGGAGGAGAGAGAUGUGUAUGUUCAAGUAACUCACCUAUGGGUAUUUGCCCAAGCUUUACAGUUGUUUAAAAGCAUCCCCUCUCCUCAAAAAAGCAGGACUUUGUAGCAGUCCAAUAAAACAUCCAGAAUGUUUCCCAGACCAAAUCUGCCUCUGCAAACUGUUUUUGGAUCAACUCCUUUGUGUGUGUAAUUUGAACAUAGACACACCUCCAUACUCCUGCCUGUGCAAUGUAAGGCAAGAAUCAAAACAGCAGUGGGGAUGAAGAACUAAACAAAUGAAAGGAGCCCUUAGCUUGUGUCUCUUGUUUUUAUAAAUGUAAAAUGUCCUGUACAUAUACCACUUCGGGGCUGGAGCUAUAAUUCAGUUCAGCUCUUUAAAAGGAAAUGAGUCAGCAGGAUGAUUUCCUGUUCCUAAGAAUAUUGCUCUUUAUCUUUGCAUUGGAAACCUGUUGUACUGACACAGUAGCAUCAAUGCUUCUCUUACCAGCACGCCUUCCUAGCUCCUUCUAUAAAAAGCUGUCCCACAGUGACCUCCAGUGGCCAAUCAUUCCUGUCUGUUACUCAUGGGGGGAAACCAAUUUAUCAAAGCCAGUAGACAGAGUGUGAGUGGUAUCUUAAGCAGAAUUGAUGCUUACACAGAUUUCCUUGCAAAUGCCUAGUCCAUUGUGCUGCCAAUUUUGUUGCUCACUUUGGGACCAUGAUUCUUUUUUUAAAGAUGGACAUUGUGCGUAUGAAGCUUUAACAAAGCUUUUUGGACUUUUUCUCUGUAAUGAACCCAGAGGAAAAAGAACAAGCUACCUUUGCAUGAUGCAGAAAAACAGUGUGGAUUUUUUUUUUAAUGACUUUGUUACCAUGUUGCACUAAAUGUUUUAUACAACACACAUGAGAGCUGUUAGUAAACUGUGUUACAAUUGUGA